CAAAUUCUUGGAAAUCUGAUCUGCACACAAGAAGAUUAUGAAAAGCUUUAUCGGGUUGUUUGUAGGAAAAAUUUGAACAUAGAAAAAAUUAAAUCUGAUGGGACUCGAAUGGCGAAAGCCCUGGAAAUUAUAGCCACAAAACUCUCCGAAGGCUGCCGCGGCGUCAUAGCGCGUGAAAUUCACGGGAGAAUUGAUCUGGACGAUAUGUGCACCAAAUUCAAACUAGCGGGUCCAAGUUUGGUCAAGCUCGGCACGUGCUCGGCAUUUGAAUCUGGCAUUAUCCAAAGUGAAGUGUGUUACCAAGGUGAAGGACAAAGUGUGAGAGGAAAUGGUGUUACGCGGGUGAACGCAAGCUUUCUUCAUCUUUCUCUUGUCAUGUCAUUUGUGUUAAGCAG